UUGUUACCCCCCAGCUGGAGGAUGGCUCUGCUGCAGGCUCUGAGCGUGUUCUUCCUCACCAUGACUACCACCACCAAGCAGGAGCAAGAGGAGGUCAUUGUCAAGGACAAGAAGCGCAAGUAUGACAUCUCGCUCUACAAGAGGGGUGACCUACUGGAGGUACCCCGCACCAUGUUCACACAUUUCGGAAUCUACCUGGGAAAUGACCGUGUCGGCCACCUGAUCCCUGACAUCCUACCCCUCUUCACGUCCGACCGGAGCAGCAUUGACACCAUGGUGACCAACCUGCGGCUCAUCCUGGGCGCCAUCACCAAGGUGGCCAGUGUGCGCGUGGACUCGGUGGAGGACUUCGCCUAUGGGGGCGACAUCCUCAUCAACCCCAUGGACGGAGUGUGCAGCCGGCAGCCCUACGAUGGGGAGGAAGUGGCCCGCCGGGCGGAGAAGCUGAUAGGGCCAGUGAGCUACAGCCUCCUGUGGUACAACUGCGAGCAUUACGUCAUGUACUGCCGCUACGGGACUAACAUGAGCUUCCAGACCUUCCAGUUCUGUAAAGCUGUACGGAAGAUCUUCUGCAGUAAGAGGUUCUCUCUCGUGAGUGCAUUAAUCGGUGUGGCCAUCAUGUUUUACCUCCAAACGGAUCCAUUUUACACUCUGCUCCCCACCUUCUUCAUCUCCUUCCACAUCUGGAUGGCCUCUUGAAUCCACAUCACAACCCGGCGAUGGAAAAGACCAGUAUAAAAAACUCAAAGUCAGAUAAAUAUCUUGGAGUCAAGCCAUGGUUUCAGGUGUACAUUACUAUCAUUGCCUUUACCUGACAAUUGACAAUCUACAUCUACUGCAUCUAGCCUACUGCAAACUAGUGGCCUUGGCUAUAUGGUGGUUGUUUUCCAGUGUAAUUGACAGAUAAACCUUACAAACACAAAAAUGUAAAAUAUCAAAAUGUUUCUUUUUUGUUUAGAGCAUGCUCCUCACUGGAAAGGCUCUGCAUGAAAGUUGAAUGUAAAUAUAAGUACUAAGUUAAUUUUCUUCUGUAUUAUGUCUGUUUAAUAUGCAUUAAAACGUUUGGUGUUGUG